UGAGGUCAUGGCUUCACCGCCAGGCAAAGAGCUUCAGACACUUUUCAGCUCAGUACAAACCAAGUCUGAGAAAAACAAAUAAAAACACACUGACAAUUGUGACGACUAAGUAAAAAGACGUUCCUGCGUAAAGUGGAGCUUUACAAGAAAGAGGAACAUAAUUAGAAACAUGUGGAGUGCUUUGGUCUGUUUCAUAUGGAUUCGUGGUGCCAGCUGUUUGACAGUUAAAAGCUGAGCAGUCGUUCCAGAGUUACAACGCUGCACAGAGCCGGGAUUUUCUCAAGCCAGAAGCUGAUUUCCAUCCACCAAUCUGGAGCUAAAGAGAGCAGCUGAGCACCGUUAAGCACCAACUAAAGCUCCCGGGCAGCUACUCUCCCCAUUCACAGCCGACAUGUCUCGGACGCACAGAAGGAUCCUCCUGUGUGUUUGGAUAUUCUGCAUCACAUCACUGGUGGUGGGUGUGGAGGAUAUUCAGAGAGAGGAUGAGUGCGCUGACCUCAACACCACCACCUGGAUGGAGUACCGGCAGCAGAGAGUCAAGCUGCGGGUUCAGUACCUGCUGCUGACCAGGAGGAACAUGGACUGUGCAGAAAUGUUCGACCAGGAGUCUCUGACUGAAACACAGCUGCGGCCGUCUUACUUCAACAUCUCCCGGCCGACAAAGGUCAUCAUCCACGGGUACAGGGCUCUGGGCAGUAAGCCGUCCUGGGUGAAGCAGCUGACCCGGGCCCUGCUCGGUGCGCAGGAUGUGAACGUGCUGGUGGUGGACUGGGUCUACGGCGCCUCCUUCGCCUACAACCUGGUGGUGGAGAACUACAAGGAGGUGGCUGUGCAGAUCUCUGUCCUCAUCAACCAGCUGCAGAAACAUGGAUGCAAACUGGAGUCCUUCCACUUCAUCGGGGUCAGUCUCGGGGCGCACGUUGCUGGUUUUGUGGGGACGCUUUUUGACGGGAAGAUAGGACGAAUCACAGGUCUUGAUCCGGCUGGUCCCAUGUUUAAAGGAGCCGACACCUUCGACCGGCUGGACCCGUCUGACGCUCUGUUUGUCGACGCCAUCCACACAGACUCCGACUAUUUUGGGAUCUCCAUCCCUGUCGGUCACGUGGACUUCUUUCUGAACGGAGGGAAAGACCAGACUGGAUGCGCUCGCUCCAGGUUUGCUUCAAUUCUUGUCUACUUCCCAGUGUAUGGUUAUGUGAUAUGUGACCACAUGAGGGCGCUGCAUGUCUACAUGAGCGCGCUGAACAGCUCGUGCCCGUUAGUGGGGAUCCCGUGCUUCAGCUAUGAAGACUUCCUGCAGGGACGCUGCUUGGACUGUGACGUCUUCAAGGGCACGUGUCCAACUAUAGGUUUAUCAGAAAACAGUGGGAUAGCCAUAUCUUCAGUUCACAAAGAGCAGAAGCUUUUCCUCCUCACGACUUCUUCAGCACCUUUUUGUUCUCACCACAUCCUGCUGCAGAUGGAGGUUUCUCCUCUGGAUAAGAGCGCUGAGGUGGAGGUGACACUGACGACCGAGAGCCUGGGAACAGAGCAGAGGCUCCGGCUUCAGAAAGAUACGACGGUGUACAGGACGGUGUUGUCUCACCCUGUCGCUCUGUGUGAGAUCGACACCAUCACGUUGAAGAACACCGGAGCUCGCUUCUACAGACAGGGAGACAUCCACGUCAAGUCUGUCUGCCUCUCCGAGUUCCCCUCACUCAGGCGAGAGCAGCCGCUGUGUGUGAACAACAUCGGUAUCAGCCGAGGAGCUCCGUGGUCACAUGACUUUGUGCAGGUGUGUGACACCUUCUAAAGAAAUGAGAUAUACUCCAGAAGAUACUGAAACAAACUCCCCCAACAUUAAGUCUGUUUCACAUUUCUCCCACCUUGUUUAAUGAUGAGAGAACCAAAGAACCGCGUUGUAUUGUGGAGAGGAAGCUUCUGUUCUCGAGACUAUCAGAUAACUAUAAUAUGCAGUGUCGUUGUGUUUUAUUAUUUGGUUAAUCCACUGAUCUUCCAACAUGACUGGAUCAUUAGUAUGUUUUUAUUUAAUCAUGAAACUGUUUUCUCUGUUGAUGCUUGGAGGUUAAAUAACGUUUGUGUUUUUAGAUACUGGAGUAGAAAGUGUGAAUAAAAAUAAAAACUGCUGCUCAUCUAAGAAUUGGAAAAACUUGCAUUGGAAGAAAUGUUUUAAUAUGUUUCUGUAAUCACAGAUUAGCUCAAGAGGAGAUUUCCUCAGCUACUGAUGCAUUAAUAAUUUAGAUUAUAAUCAAGUGGUCUUGUGACAGAAUCAGGACGUUGUGCAGUCACAGAAAACAAACUACAUGUUCACGGCACACAAAGAGCUUUAUGGAGAAAUCUUGGCCCCAUGAAAAUACUUUUUACAAACACUU